UGCCAUUCAAUUAUCUUGAUGUGCACAUGAGAAUCCACACCGGAGAGAAGCCAUACACAUGUGACCAGUGCGGGAAGAGUUUCACAUACAAACAACUCCUUGAUUUUCACAUGAGAACCCACACUGGAGAAAAGCCAUUCACUUGUGAUCAGUGCGGGAAAAGUUUCACGCAAUUAGCACACCUUAAGAGUCACAUGAGGAUCCACACUGGAGAGAAGCCAUACACAUGCGAUAAGUGCGGGAAGAGUUUCACAAACAAACAACUCCUUAAUGUUCACAUGAGAAUCCACACUGGAGAGAAGCCGUUCACAUGUGAUCAUUGUUGGAAAAGUUUCACACAAUAUGCACAUCUUAAAGGACACAUGAGAAUCCACACUGGAGAGAAGCCUUUCAUGUGUGGUCAGUGUGAAAAGAGAUUCACAUACAAAGGACAUUUAACAGUACAUCAGAAAAUUCAUACUGGUUUGAAAGAUUAUAUGUGCUUUGAGUGUGAGAAAACUUUUACUCAUGCAAGCUGUUUAAAACAGCACCAGAGAAUUCACACUGGAGAAAAACCUUACAAGUGUUCACACUGUGACAAGAGAUUCCGUCAGUCGGCCAGUCUGAAAACACAUGAGAAGAUCCACACUGGAGAAAAACCUUACAAGUGUCCAAACUGUGACAAGAGAUUCAGUCAGUCAGUACAUCUGAAAACACAUGAGAGGAUCCACACCGGAGAAAAACCUUACAAGUGUUCAUACUGUGUCAAGAGAUUCAGUCAGUCAGUACAUCUGAAAACACAUGAGAGGAGCCACACCGGAGAAAAACCCUACAAGUGUUCAUACUGUGUCAAGAGAUUCAGUGUGUCAGCCAAUCUGAAAACACAUGAGAGAAUUCACAGCAGAGAGAAGCCACACACACGUGAAAAGAAUUUCACACAAAAAACACCUCUUAGGGGACACAUGAGGAUCCACACUGGAGCAAAGCUAUUUACUUGUGAUCAAUGUGGAAAUACUUUCACACAACUUCAAGGACACUUGAAAAUCCACACUGGAGAGCAGCUUUUCAUGUGUGAUCAGUGUAAAAAAAGACUCACACACAAAAAAAGUCUUGAGCUUCACAUGAGAGUCGAUACUGGACAGAAGCUGUUCACAUGUGGGAAGAGCUUCACACAAAAAAUACAACUUAAGAACCACAUAAGGACCCACAAUGGAGAGAAGCAACAUUCAUGCGAUCAGUGUGGGAAGAGAUUCUCAAGGAAACAUCAUCUUGAGAUUCACAUGAAAGUUCAUACUGGAGAGAAGCCGUUCACAUGUGAUCAGUGUGGGAAGAGCUUCACACAAAAAAUAUACCUUAUGAACCACAUGAGGAUUCACACUGGAGAGAAGCCAUUCAUGUGUGAACAGUGCGGGAAGAGUUUUCGAUAUAAACAAACUAUUAAAAAUCACAUGCGAAUCCACACUGGACAGAAGCCGUUCAUGUGUGAACAGUGUGAGAAGAGUUUCAGGAAUCAGCAGACCUUAAGAAACACAUGA